CAGAAGCGGACAAUAGCAAUGUCAUUGCUAACGACUCGUCAACUCGUCGUCGUCAACCGCUUGGAUUUGGUUUACAAAAACAAGCGGCGAAUGGCUAACAUUUUUCGUACAUCCGUUCUGGCAGUUGGCAUUUUCACUUUGGUAAUUUAUCAAUCACUCCACAAACUGGAAAUUGCCGGAACUCAUCAGUAUAGGGACGUUAAAUCAAUUUUAAUUUGGAACGCUCCGGAACGGGCGGAAGUAGUGGCUUUCGUCAAUUCCGCUCGGGAUGGCCGGAAUGUUUUUAAUUCCUGUCCGAUCACAGAAUGCCGGAUCGAUUUGGAACCUUCCGGAACACUCGAGACUUACGACGCCAUCGUCAUCAAUUUCAACGAUCAAUUCCGGCUGGUCGACUUGCCGGAAUUCCGCCGGAAACAUCAUCAGCGGAUGGUCUUCUUCACUCAAGAGCCUCCGCCGGCUUUAAAAGGCUACGAUUUCCGUCGGUAUGCAAAUUACUUUAACUGGACCAUGACGUACCGGACGGAUUCCGACAUCCCUCUCACUUACGGCCGGAUUACUAAGCGAGAAAAAACAUUAACAAACACAGAAAUGACCAGCAAUUCCGGCAAUAAGACCAAACUAGUGGCCUGGAUGGCCACUCAAUGCUUGACGGAUGGCCGGAGGGAAUCUUACGUCAAGGAAUUAAAACGCCACAUCGAUAUCGACGUGUACGGCCUUUGCGGAAGACUUUCAUGCGCCCGGCAUCCGGUGGAUGUCUCCCAUCCGCGGUGCUACGACAAACUGGAAUCCACCUACAAGUUUUACCUGUCGUUGGAGAAUUCCAUCUGCCGGGACUACGUCACCGAAAAGUUUUUCAAAAUCGUCCAGCGUCGCAUCGUGCCCGUCGUUUACGGCGGUGCGGAUUACGAGCGGAUCGCACCCGCCGGCUCGUACAUCGACGCUCGUCGUUACCAUCCGGCUCAACUGGCCGACUACCUGCGACGGCUGGAUGCGGAUGAAACUUUGUACCAGGAAUUCUUCCGCUGGAAGAAAGACUACGCCGUCGAAGCCGGAGUCACAUCCAUGGCCCAUCGUGGGUUUUGCCAUCUUUGCAGUCGAUUACAUCACGAUCAAACAGUGAAAACUUACGUCGAUUUGACUAGCCACUGGCAACAUCCCAGUGACGAGUGUCAAUCACCUUUGGAGAUGAACUAAUUCAUUUUUUAGUUUGUACUA